GGAAGUUUUUCCGGGACGCUACAACUGGCGACGAAGGGUUAAAAAAAGGCCGAUCGACUAGAUUUCUAGAAGCCUAGAAGCGAGGACAGAUGGAAACAGAUAUAAGACCAAUCGCACCGUUCUGUUGCGAACAGAUUGAACGUACAAAGCUAGCGAGAGAAUGGAGGUCGUGGAAAACGUCUCUCGAGUUUUAUUUCGAGGCCCACGGAAUCCAAGAGCAGAAAAUGAAAAGGGCGAAGAUGUUAUACCUGGGAGGCACCCAACUGCAACGCGUGUUCAUCAAUCUUCCGGACACAGAUAAAGUUCCGCUAGUAGCUUGGGAGAAAAGGUGGUAUGAUACAGCGAUUGAAAAACUGGACGAGUUUUUCCAACCGGUGCGUCAGGAUACAUUGGAACGACAUCGGCUAAGAGAGAUGAAGCAGCAAAAAGACGAAAGGUUUGCUCAUUUCGUAUUGAGAUUGAGGCAGCAAGUGGUGGAUUGCGGUUUUGAUAAGCACCCUCCAGAGGUGGCGAAAGUCUUGAUGGAAAUAACACUGAUUGAUGUGAUCGUCGAGGGCUGUUCUUCGAUGGAACUGAGAAAACGUAUCCUGAAGGAAGAUCAAUCUUUGGAACAGAUUGAAGCCCUUGGAGCAAUGCUUGAAGGAGUGGAAGAGCAAGUGAAAGGAUUUAGUACUGACCAAAAGGUGGAUGAGAAGGUUUUUCAAGUGAUGGAAAAAGAGCCCUUGGCAAAACGUCCAUCGUACCUGGAUAAAACCGUUUGCUUCAAUUGUGGAUACAACGGACACUGGGCAAAGUCACCACAGUGCCCAGCAAAGAAUCAAAUAUGUCGCAAUUGCAGACAGAAGGGACAUUUUAAAACGGUUUGCCGGAAUAAAAAGCGCUUGUCGUUUAAGUUCACUUCUGAUAGACAGGACAAAAAGGUUCGUGUAGUACAAGCAGAGACAGAAGCAACUGACCGGGACACAAGCAACGAAGUGAAAGAAAAACGGUACUAUGCGUUUUAUUCGGAAAACAAAUCUAAUAUAAUCGAUUGUUGUAUAGGGGGUGUAAAGUGGAAGAUACUGGUUGACUCUGGCGCAGACUGUAAUCUGAUUUCCACGAGCGCUUGGGAAAAGUUGAAGGAAGCAAGGAUUGUAGUGUAUUCGUCUAUGAAGGGCUGUGGUGGUAGGACAUUGCGAGCAUAUGGAAGUCAACAACCAUUGAACGUGUUGGGAAGCUUCGUUGCUGACAUCAAGAUUGGUCAGAAGACAACAAAGGCUGAUUUUUUUGUCGUACAAGGUGGACAACAAUGUCUAUUGGGAGAUAAAACCUCUAAGGAGUUGGGAGUUCUGAAGGUUGGACUAGACAUUCAAAAUGUCGAAGAGACCUGGAAGCCUUUCGCCAAAAUUUCUGGCAUACAGAUCAAUAUUCAGAUGGACCCAGAAGUGAAGCCAGUUUUCCAACCACUACGAAAGGUACCUAUUCCGCUGGAGGCAGAUCUUAAAAACGCUAUAUCCUUCAGCUUACAAACCUCAUCACGAGGCAGCAGCAACAGAUUGAAAACCUGCGAAACCAAGGCAAUCCAGCAGCCGGCAGUGAGAAGAUUAUCGAGUCUUUGGCAAGCGAAAUCCAAGAUUUUCAAUAUGAUCCGGAUGGAGGAAUUUUCUUCGAUGCUUGGUAUGCAAGAUAUGAGGAUGGCAUUACACAGGAUGGACAAAACAUAG